CGAGGGAAAGCCACUGAUAUAUCAGAUAUAUCUGCAGCAGUCCAACAACACAGAGGUGCGUCCACAGGGGAAGGAGAAAACAAGCAGCAGAAUGUUACCUUUGACUGAAGCUGGAUCUCUCUGCACAGCCUGGAUUUUACACUGACCGUCUGUUUCUCUGAGAUUAUCUGGAAUAACUGUGAUGGCCAGGGUGUCAUUCAUACAUCUGGGAGUUUUGCUUUUUAUUGGACUAACAGUCGCGAUGGCCAACGGAUUUUCCUCGUUUCGUCCUGAAGCGCUCGUGAAAAGCAGCAGUAAGGAUUUCCCCGGAGCCCCAAGCACAAGCGCAGCCCCUCCACAUCAGUUUGAGGGUAAAAGCGGAGCCUGUUUGCUCUGCCAGCUCCUGAAACCCCACAGGAGAGACAAGAGAUGCACGUGUUACUCCUAUAAAGACAAGGAGUGCGUUUACUACUGUCACCUGGACAUCAUCUGGGUCAACACACCUGAACGCACCGUCCCGUACGGCAUGUCGAGUUAUAGAGGCUCCCAGCGGGCCCGGCGUAAUGCAGGAGGUCAGCGCUGCACGUGUGCUUUACACAGCGACCAGGACUGCACAUCCUUCUGCAGCAAGAGAUCAACAUGAGCGUUCACUGAAGCAGGGCUAAACUGAUAUUCACUCAUCUGCAGGACUGCCUCUUUAUUCUUCUAUCAAACACCUGGAGAAUCACCUCCGAGACAAGGUUCACGUCUGUCCUAAAGCAAGGCCUUUACUGAGAAGGAGAAUUAAAGAGACGUGGGAAGGAACGAAACGUCUUGAGCUGCAAUCAUGGACAAAUGACAUCAGAGUAAAGCAGCGGUGCAUGGGCUGAAACUCUCAGUGUGGGCAUGGGGGACUUCUGUGAUCGGCUACUAUGAUCUGACCACCUAAACAGACAUAAAUGAAGUUUUAAACCACCGAGACAAUCACUAACAUGCAACAUGUAAAGGACUUCAAAAUACUGCAUUCACUAAAGCGUGCUGUACAGCAUCCUUGUUCUGCAACACUGGCUACUUCUAAGAAAAGGUGCUCAGAUUGACGGCGUUUCUAGAUUUCUGUUGACAUUUCCUGAAUAAUCUUUGACAUGUGCAAAAUGGUCGUGCAUUUCUCAAAUCAACUCGUACACUUAGCAGAACACCAUGGAUGACCAUCAGGACAUAAUUAGAAAGAAAAGUCUGAUGGAAAUGUACAGAAAUGCUGGACAGUAUACAAUUAUGUAUAACAUUAUGACACAAUGAUGGAAAGACUGAAUAGUUUUGAGCAAUUCUGAUCAGAGAACUGUACCAAAGCCACUGAAAAAACAAACAAAAAACGGAAUAUGAUUUUUCAUAAUUUGAUAUAUGAGUUCCCACAUAAGCAUGAAUAAUUAUUUCUAUUAGAAAAAGACAAAAGGGAAAUUCCUCGCUCUCUCCAAGCAUGAACAGAAAUCCUGUAUAUCACCACUAACCACAAGACAUCUGUUUUAAAUGCCAUAAUUUUGAUAUCAGAGUAUAUUCAAGAGAGUAUAUAUUUAUUACACUAACUAAACGUUGUAUAAUACAAUCUCCGCUUCUGACAACCACUAGAUAAUCAAUCAUUUAUUUAUUCAAAGCUUUAACAUUUAUCUGAGUCAUGCCAGAAGCUGACUGAUAUUCCUGAACUGACAUUCGUGUUCUCACUUUUCAUGGUCAACAUAAAGAUCCUGUUGUUUGUUAUUAAAUUAAACCUGUGCUGUGUUUAUAUCCA